CAGCAGAAUUCUUUAAAGAUAUGGAAUGUGAAAAUGUCAGAUUUCAUUCAAAGUAGAACAAGAAGAACACGUGAAAGUUUUUCCCUGGAGUUUUCAUUCACUGAAAUUUGAAAUAUGUAUCUUUCAUGGAAUGUCAAGGUUGUUUUUGAAUUGUGUCUAGGUGUUUGACCAAUUCAGAAGACUCGUUCUUGUAGAUCAGAUGUGGCGGACCAAAAAAAUAUGGCCAAAAACAAUCCAGUGUGUUAAAGCGAAUGAACUCAUUACAUAGAUUGAUACUGCUACUCGACCAAAUACUGAGAACCCGAGAAGUAUGUACUUAAUUGUACAACUUAUAUAUUCAUAGUUCAAGGCUUUCAUAUUGGGAACACUUUUACGCUGUUAUUUUAACUAUUAAAACGGUGUUCCUUAUCACGCUGUACCCAGAUGUCACUGAGGGAACCGUUAAAUAAGGGGAACAGCCCUGUGUAUGAUCUGAUAACAGGUGAACGACUCGGAUGCUACCACUGGGUCUCUUCCUUGUCCUGCACUAUAGUAUGACCUCUUUGUCGUAAUCGAGAGUCUCUCCUCUACCAUUUAGGACUAUAUAUCUAUAUAUAUCUUCAUGAGCUGAAGGUCAUCCAAAACAUUGUUGGAACACGAAGCGAAAUCGGGAUUCUAUUUGUCACAAUAAUACGAUCACGCACAGAAGUCAUGGGUGAUAGAGAGGUGAACUAUACCUGCUUCUUGAUAUGCAGUGUGUUUUUCUGUGUGUUUGGGAACUCCUUCCUAUACGGCUACAAUAUUGGCGAUGUCAACAACCCAGCCAAGAUUAUUCAGAUGUUCUAUGAAGAUGUAAUUGCUGAGAGAGAAGGGGGACAACCAAUGAAUAAUAACAUUUCUGCAGGGAAUUCAUCUGACAACACAUCAAAUACAAGAGUGCAUUAUCUGGACUAUGAAGCACCUACAAAUGUCGAAUGGCUCUGGUCCAUUACAGUUGCCAUUUUUGUACUGUUUGGGAUGAUUGGUGCAUUCGUCUCUGGAAAGUGGGCAGAUUACUUUGGCAGGAAGAGAGGCAUGAUUCUGAUUACCUUCAUCAUGUUUCUGGCAGCCCUGUUUGGGGGAAUUCCCAAGGUCACAGGAUCCUUCGAGGUUCUCAUUGUCCACCGUGCCCUGGUGGGGCUUCAUUGUGGUCUGAAUGUCAGUCUUGCAUCUCUGUAUCUUGCCGAGAUCUCGCCCAGAAAAAUCCGUGGUGCCAUAGGUACCUGCCACCAGUUAUUUAUCACUGUGGGUAUCUUAUGGUCCAACAUCAUGGGUGUGUCUAAACUCUUUGGUACCCAUGAACUCUGGGAGUGGAUAUUUAUCUUCAAUGCUUUCCCAGCCUUGGUCUGUCUGAUAGGUUUACCGUUUUGUCCAGAGAGUCCUCGAUACCUCCUUAUCAAGAAGAACGAGGAGGAAGAGGCAAGGGAUGCUUUGAGGAAAUUACGAGGCUACUUCGAUGUUGAGGAUGAGAUUGACGAGAUGAAAGUGGAGGCCCGGAAAUCCCAGAGUAUCCAGUCCUUUACCUUGAAGCAGCUGUUGACCUCUGUGGACCUCCGCUGGCCAAUCAUAAUUGCUUGUGUUCUACAGGUCUCCCAACAGUGGUCCGGAAUUAAUGCUGUGAUGUCUUUCUCCAGUUUUAUGUACAAAAAUGCUGGUGUGGAGAAGAGUCUUAUUGAGUGGGUUGUAUGCAUGACCAGUCUUAUCAACGUCCUUACCACUCUCGUAGCUGUUCCUCUCAUGGAAAAAGCCGGGCGACGCCCACUCUUCCUCUACCCAAUGAUUUGUAUGGUUAUCUCCUUCAUAACCCUCACCAUCUUCCACAACUUGCAGAAUGACAGUGGGUUACAAGAAUCUCGUGGUGUGUUUGCGGUAAUUGCUAUUAUUGCCAUGCACACUUACGUAAUUGGAUUUGCCCUUGGCCUAGGUCCCAUUCCAUUCAUUGUUGUGGGAGAAAUCUUCCGUCAGGAGCCUCGUGCAGCUGCCAUGAGUCUCUCUUUGACAUUCAACUGGGUCUGCAACUUCAUACUAAACUUAAUCUUCAGAUUUAUGCAGAAAGCCAUGCAGGGGUAUGUAUACAUCCCCUUCAUUGGAAUCCUGGUGUUUGCCAUAAUCUUCAUAUUCUUCAAAGUGCCAGAAACAAAGAACCGAACAUUCGAUGAAAUAGCCGCCACAAUAACACGAGGACGCAAAGCGAAAGAACCAUUCGAGAACGGAGAAGAAAUGCAAAAAAUGAAUGCUUAAUGACACAGAAGUUUAGGAUUUUUUUUUAAGGAUUGUAUUUAUUUUUGAAAGUAAGAUUCCUUCAUAGGGCAUUCAAUGAUGAACAUCCAUAUACAACUGUACAACUGUAAAUAGUCACUCUAAGUACCAUGUAGUGUAUGUAAUUGCCACAUGUUGUUAUUCUUCACAACAACGUACUGUGUACUGUGACAAGGCAAACUUGAUUUAGACUGAAAUGUCCGGUGACCAGUGCACAUUGAAGUUCUUCAUAUGGUGCUUGCAUUUAAAAAAAACUUUUAUAUGAUAUUGCACGAACAUAUCAAAUGAACUACUUUGAAUAAAGUACAAAUGUAGUUGAUUCGGUGAAGUCACGAAUCUGAAAUUGCUGAAUCCCUAAUAUAAAAUUUAAAGUACACAGUAUUUUGAAUUUGAUUGUUCUGUGAGGAAACUUAUUGUGGGGAAGGUAUAUUUUUGUGGUUGACAAUGUUUAGUGACGAAGGGUGUUGUAGUGAGAUAUUCUUAAAAAGUCCUCAUAGGUUAGAAAUUGUGUGUGGUGUAGAUUACAGCUUUAUCUCUAUAAUGACUGAUGGACAACACUGUGAAUGUUCUCAUUAUUUGUGCUUAUAUGCAAAGAGAAAUUCUUGGUUCAUAUGUAUAUAUGAUUUCAUGAGGACAUAUGUAUUAGGUCAGUGUGGUAUUGUUUGUUUGGUUUUAGUUUUGUUUGUGUAGUUUGUCAUUAUAUGCUAAAUUAUGUUCCACUUCCGUUCUGAAACUAGCAGCAUAGCUGGUUGUGAUAAAGGCAUAAUACAUCCUCACUCCAUCAGCGUCAGAUCCUUAACCACUUCCACUCCAGCCAAUCAACAUUGCUUAUCAAGGCUUGAAAAAUUAUAUUUAAGGUGUGGAAACAGUGGUUGAUGGUCUUGUUAACAUUGGGAAUAAACAUUUAAAACUUCAUACAUUUUAAAAAUAUUUUCAGUUUUAUGCAAUCAUUGCAAAGCAACGCUCAGUCUUAUUUCAAACUGUUUGAAUGUACACCUCAUUUUAUGCCAGGGCUUUUAGUAAACAAGUAUAGUAUUGAUAGAUUUUCAAAGCAUAUUUUAGAUUAGCAGUGCUUUUUUCGAUCUCAGUUUAGGUAUAUAUGUACUUCAUGUGGCACAUGAAUUGAUAAUGAUUUCUUGUCCCCUAGCAGUUUAAGGGAUAUCAUGAUUUGAUGGGGUGUUUCGGUGCAAGUGGGAGUACCAUUGUACAAUGCCCAUGAUAGACAUAAUUUUUAUCCCCUCACCACAUUGUGUGAUGGAAUAAUAUGUAUAGGAUGUAGUUUCUUGCACACCAGAGUCUUUUGGACAUUUGACCUAGAAAUAAAACAAAGACUCCAGUAUGUGAGAAUACACAGAGAAAGUAAUGUAAUUAUUCCAAUGUAAAAGACAACAAUCUAAUUACAUUUUGUGUUAUUCUAUGAAAUUUGUUAUUUUUUAUUCUUUACUUUUACAUUAUUGAGUCAGAUGGAUGUGUCGUACAUCUAUGUUAUUUAAACAAGAAAUGGAGAAGAAAGGAAAUUGCACUAGACUGUUAACUGCAGUGUGUACACGACCACUGCUUAAGCAAAGGGGAAAACAUUUUUUUAAUUGUAUUUUUCAAUUUUUACCAUGCAUAUGUGGUAUAACUCUAUAAAAUGUUUGCAAGAUACUGUACGUAUGAAGCUUGUUAAUUUCUGUAGGCGUUUAUUAUUACUGUUAUUAGGGGGCGUGUCAGUGUUACUCUUUUAAAUAUUACUUAUAUAAGUUUUAUCUUUUUCAUUUUUUUUUGCAUUUUAUUGUAACUUAUUACGCUGUUUAUUUUCGCUGUUAUAAUUUGCUUAAAAGGAAAUAGAUGAUUUUAUCACCCAAAUAUUAUUUUAUAUAGUGCUAGAAUAAAAAUAAGUUUUUGAUCAUAGAAUUGUCAUUUUGUAUAGUGCUACAAAUAUGCUCAAAAUGUUGUUAUUUUGCUUGAAGAAAUGUUGCAGUACUAGUUAACUGGUAAUGCAGUUUUGUGAAUCAAAAACAGGAGCCAUGACAUGGGAGGGGGGGGGGGGGGGGGUUCUGGAAAUACAAAAAUAACACAAAUACAAUCACAAAUGUUAAUGUAUACACAUUUUGGGGGAGAUUAUUUUGAAGAACGAGAGUAAUGUGACCUCCCACCAAAUAAAAGGAGGGGAUAGUACUCUGCAUCAUUCUGAACAAAAUGGAGGAUUGCACUAUAAUCGUAGAGGAUAAAUAUGUUGUUGUUGACUAAACUUAAUCAGAUGGACCCAGUCAUUGACAAACCAUUUCCAUUCCUGCUAAGUAAUUUUGCCAUUUGUUCAUCCUCAGGUUUACUCUGACUGCCAGACAAUAUUGUGUAGUGUUUAUAUAUACAUAGUGUUAUACUUGUAGUGUAGUAUAUAUGGUUCUGUGAGUAUUUAUUCGCUGUACUUAAAUGUAUUGAUGUUGUAUGUGUACACCAGGCUGUCGUGUUUGCAUCUUCUACACUUUGAAAGAAGUUCAUGGUAUUUUAUGAACAUUGCAGUGUUCACGUGUUAAUAUUGCCUUUUCGAAAAACCAGUUUCUGUGGAACAUUGAUAAUCAUUGGUGUUUUUACACACUGGAGGGACAUUUAUUUGUGUGACGGUGUAAUAAAUCAAGUCCACUAGUUUAUAAAGAAAUGAAAAUAAUUUCUAUUCAUUUAAUGCAAUAUGAAGUAAAUAUUGGGGAAGUUUAUGAUUUAUAAGCCACAAAAGCAGUUUAUUAAGAAAAGUGUAAAGUGUCCCAUCUUUAUGUCAUAAAAUGAGUAGAAAUUACUUUUAUUCCUUACGAUUUAAUUUUAUAAAGUGCAUUUGAUGUACAAUGUAAUUUUAUGAAGAAAAUUUGAAUUGUAUAUGACAUGCAAUAUUGUGAUAGCAACGAAAUAGAAACGAGUUGUGAUGUCCUUCCUAUGACGUUGUAUCAUGGUACAACAUAAUGGCAAAUCAUCAAAUUGCAUUUUACAAGUGAAAUUAAAUCAUCAUCAUAUGGAUUGACAAGGAAGUGUUUUUUUCUGUGCAAAUUGAAAUAUUGAAAAAUGUAUCUACCGAAGAAUACUGAUGCAUAUGUAUAUAUACAUAUACAUACACGGUAAAACACAGUUACAACAAAUGCUUAAUAUGAUAUUCACGUUUACAGUGAAGCGAUUUAUAACGAAUCAAAAUUGUUUGACCUUCGCUAUUUUAUAUAAGAGUGUUUUACUGUGUGUGUGUUUAUAUAUACAAAGCACAGAGAAAUAUAUUAUAUAAUUUGCAAUAAGUCCAAAAUUCAUGCUUUUGGUUAUAUGCAAGUUAGUGAUUUCUACAACUAUUAAACUUUGUGCAUUGCUGCUUUGUGCCCUAAAUCCCUGACAGCACUUAAGAGUUCAAGUCACUGUAUAUACAGGGUAUAUUUAUCUAGUGUUAAUGUGUGGGUAUGUAACUGGCAUUAAGCUAUGGUGUGACAAUAAACUGUUCGUAUUUAAAUAA